GGCCAGCAAGCGACCUGGACGACAAACGCCAGAUCCGACAGCCCAAUACACCGGGCUCUGGCUUUGAAAGGUAAGAAAAGGUAAGAUUUGCAACUCGCGGCCGAGCGAAAGUUGCACGCAAUACGACCAUCCGCGCAACCAAAGGAGGCUGGGAAAUUCGAGGCGAACGAACUCCUUUUUGUCGAGGUGCCAAAUCCAACCCCCAAUUUCCAAACGGAACGACCAAGUCGCAGGCUGGCGGGACGCCACAAAAGAACCCAAAGAACCCGAGGAACCGUCGCAAGUCACCGCUUAUUACGACCAUCACGACUGUUACGACAAUUGAAACGACUCUUUUCGAUUCUUUGUUUCCAACAUUUUUUUCUGAGUUUUCGAUUACAGUCGACCGCCAUCGCAUUCGACGUUGGGAACCCGGCGACCAGUUGGCCCCUCAUUUUCCAAACAGGUCAAGCCACAACCACAAGUUCCAAUCACAUGCAACAACCCUCUCGUCGCUGCCAAGCUGAUCCGAUCACCGACGACUACUUUUAACCAUCAAAAUGGCGGAACCACCGUCCUCGCCGCCUUCGGCCGAUGCCACUGCCGAGGAUGCGUUGGCAUGGUACAAGUCGCAGUAUGAGCAGUUGGAGCUGGAGAUGCAAGAGUUCCAGGAGUCGAGCAAGUUACUAGAGAGCGAACUCGAAAACGAGCUGAGUGCUGCCGACAAGCGGGAGCGGGAACACAAGGAGAAGGUUGAGAUGCUAGGCUACCAGGUCGAAGAGUGGAAGACCAAGUACAGAGAAGCAAAAUCGGAGGCCAACGCCGCGCAAAACACACUAGAGAAGGAGGUUACAUCUUUACGGGAUGCGAACAGGUCUCUCCAGCUGAAGCUGCGGGACAUCGAAGUAGCCAACGACGACUAUGCCCGUCAAGCGCGCAACACUACCUCGUCGUUGGACGAUCUCGAAUCAAAAUACAAUGUUGCCAUCGAGAGGGGCGUACUGUUGGAGGAGGAAAUCAAAAUUGGUGAACAGGAAAGAGAGACGCUACGCAUUGAGUGUCAACGGCUGAAGGAUGAGCUAUCCGACCUCAAGAUCGAGGUGGAUAUCCUACAGGGAAAGCUCAAGGACCAAGACAUGCGACAUCUUUCGGCACUUUCCACAGAAAUGUCGGUUCCCGACUCACCCUCAUACGAUCACUCCCCCAGCUCAACGGCCAGCUCGCCGCUCAUCACUACCCCGCCCGACUCCAAAUCUGUCGCAACCGCCGAUACUCUAUCCGAGAUCCAAGAUCCCCCAUCGCCGCCCAUGUCUGAUGCCUCUGCACCACUUCCUAAACCGAAACAGAACCCCCUCAAGACGCCAGGUCCAUCGACGCAGAGGAAGUCGAGAUUGCCUUCAGGCGACAACAGUGUUACACCCAAGCCUAGGCAGUCUCUGGCCGCUACCUCCCGCGCCCCUGGCAGCCGCGUCGCCACAACCUCCAGCGUCCGUACACCUGCUCCAAGGCCUACGAGGACAUCGGUCGCCCGCGCUGCGUCGCACAGAAUCCCGCCCUCGACAUCUCUGUCACAUAUCCGAUCGCUUACGGAGAAGAUGCAAAAGCUCGAGGCACGCGUGCAGAGCGCUCGUUCCAAAUUACCAGCGCCUAUUCAUACUCCCCCACGUGCCUCACCUCGAUCAUCCAUCGUUGUGCCUUCGACAGUCACGAUUCGGUCUAGAAAACGAACAAUCGGUGGCAGUUCGACGACAUCUUCGGCGGCGGAAGAGGCCACUCCGACAAAUCACAGGCAAAGCCUUACUGGAAAUAGCAAUUUUUCGGCCAGCACAAGCCGAAGUCAUGUGCCAAGACUUAGUACGUCUGGCGUGUCGCGAUUGUCGUUUGGCCCCCUCCCCAACAGAAACCCGCUCGACUCAGAAUCGUCACGACCCAGCUCGCGCGCCUCAGUAUCUAGUUAUGUGCCGAGACCAGCGAGCAGGACAGACCACUCCAGGGAGAGCAUGCCGCCACCGCGGCCAGUUAGCAGGACAUCUAUGAGUGGGACAAGAACGCCGCUGGGAGUUCGUCCCAGGAGCUCACUGGGCGGAAGCGUGCAUUCCAGCUCUAUUUGUGGAGGAUCCGAAUCGGAGGAUGCGUUUGAUCCAGAACUAAGGACGCCGAGCCGGCGCGGGACGUACAGCAAGUUCGACAUUGACGGCAGUGCAUCCACAAGCGCGAUCCCCAUGCCCAGCAGUGCAAGGAGGCAAAGCGGUGGACCUGUUCUUGCAGGGAGAAGGAGUAGCGGUGUCGGGUUGAGAAGUAGUGGUGGCGACGGGAGAAGUUCCGCGCUGGGGGACGUCGAUGAGACAUACUAGACUAGACAUCGGCAGGUUACUGCCGGCGGAUGAAAUGACUGAUAUAAUACCCAAGAUUUCCUUUGUCUCCUUUCGUUCUUUUUCAAAGGUCUGACGAUCUUCUUCAUUUUAUUAUUGCUUGAUAGCACCUUUCUUCCCUCUUUCAGGGUUCGUUGUUUGAUUGCUGGGCGUACAAUCUCCUUUCUAGGGUGCAUCAGGGUUACUACAGAAAUUCGGGGGUUUGCGCAAAGCUGGUCAAGGGCGGUUGAUUAUUUCUUUUGUCGGCCUAGGAGACACGGUUGCCGUUGCAACUUCUUCAUGAUAUACCUAUACUUACU